CAGUUAAAUGUAAACAACAGUUCUGUUAAAGUAAACACAGAUGAGGUAUCUGCAGGAAACUGUUUAUGGGUUGCUUGGAAACGGUUCAAUCUCAGUCAGGUUGGGAGCAGAAGUUGUAAGCAGAGGACCAGGACUGGUGCAGGAGAGGAUUCUCUCAGUGUUGAGGCCCAGACUGACUUUUUCAUAGCACACACAGGUUGACUUUCAGCAGAGCAGCAGAGAAAGCAUAAUGAAUCAUCCAUCUAUGAGACGAAGAGCAACUAAGAAACGGAAGAAAAGGCAGAGGAUGAAACCAAGAACAUGUUUUGGUUUAUCCAACACCCGAGAAGUCAUGUCAGGCAGAAGGAGGAAUCGUGUUCGCCGUAAAACCAGAAACAGGAACAGCUCCAGGUCUUGGUCCUCCGGUUCAAAUCCAGUCCAACCCCAGACUGAGUCAAUCCUGACAACAUCAGUAGAGCUAGUAUUACAUCAGGACAUCACCAAGAGCAAGUGGCUCGACUAUGGAGCUUAUGUUGGCAAUGAGACUCGCACCAUCGAGUUCAAAGCAGGUUUAGGAGGUUACAUGAAGAACUUUUUCAAGGCAGAUGUACUGAGAUACGGUUGUGCCUUCCUGAACAGCGAUGGAGGAAGUCUAGUGGUGGGAGUGAAUGAUGACGGCUUCGUUAGAGGGGUGCCCUUCAGCCACAAAAGCGAGGAUGAGACCCGACAGCAGUUGGACAUUGUGAUGCUUGCCUUCACGCCUGCUCUCUUUCCCUUCAACUACAGUUUAAGUUUCCUGCCUGUGGUGAAGCCUGGACAGUCGGAGCAUAACCUCAGGGUGCUGUGCCUCACUUUCAAAGCUCCUUCAGGCUCAUCUGAGCCCGUCCUCUACACCUCAGGCACAGGGAGGGUGCUUAUAAGACGGGACGCAAGUGUGCAGUGUCCACUGGAUCUACCUGUCAUCAUAGAGUGGUACAGACAGAAGUUUCCUUAUUUGAUGACUCACUUUGUGUGUCAAGUCUUGUCCAGAGAAAACCACUUUGUGGACCACAGAAGCAUGAUGGAUAAGAUCAUAGCAUUGCAAAAUAUCAGAAUGGAGUCCACAGCCAGCGUUUCCCAGACUCCUGCGAGUACUCCAUAUACCAGAGCAGCUAGGGGCACCGUAGGCAGGUUGAAGUCUGAAAACAGAGAGAUGUGAAUUCUUCUGUCACGCAAACACCAAAUAAAAAACAAAGAGAAGCUUUCA